AGGUUGAACCUUUAUUUCUCCUCGUUGGCUAUAAACAUGAAAAAUUAGAGCCAAAGUAGGAGCGAUGUUUGAACUCUAAACCGCUCCAGUUCUUCAACUCCUUCACCAAAUCCCGCAAAUUUAGAAACCCAUUUAUCACAACUUGUUCUCUUCAUAACCCAGAUCGUCAUUUCUGUCAAAUCCAUCAAAUUCUCCCAUCAUCUUUGAUCAAAGUCCACCUGGUCUCCCAUGGUGUUCUGUUUCUUCUUCUUCAUACCUCAGACUUCUGUCUCCAAAUAAACACACAGGAUCAUGUAUUGACUCAUUUUCCAGCUCAAAAUCCUUCUGCGCUUCUCAAAUUCAAUGACGGGAUACCAGAAAAACCGCGUGAGAUUGAACGUAGGAGGCAGAAUCUUCGAGACAACCGCCACAACUCUCGCCAAUGCCGGCCGGAAUUCCCUCUUCGGCGCCAUGUUCGACGACAGCUGGAAUCUCCAAUCCGAUAACACCAACGAGUACUUCAUCGACCGCAACCCCGAUUGCUUUGCGGUCCUCCUUGAUCUUCUCAGAAGCAAUGAACUCUGUGUCCCUGCAAAUAUGUCCGAAAAGCUCUUGUAUAGAGAAGCCUUGUAUUACGGCGUGUUAGACCACGUCCGGUCCGCGAAAUGGGGACCGUUCGAUGGCAACAGGCUGUGGCUCUCUAGAACCGUCGCCGGUCAAGCUCCCGGCGACGGGACCGCCAUACGGGCCGGCCCGGAUGGCGGCUGCUGCGUGGCUCAUGGUUGUAUGGUUCAUGUGUAUGAUUGGAUGUUGGAUGAGCAUCCUCCUAUUAAUCUUGACUAUCAGACAGUCAAUGACGUUGGGUGGCUGGACUCUGAGAACAUAGUUGUGAGUGUUUGUGAGAGGAUGGGCCGCGGCGACGGCGGAAUUGGGCUGUUCAGCUCGUCAAGCGGUGAGCUGAGGGACAAGUUUCAGGUGAGUCACGAGAAUCAAGUGAAGAGCUUCACUGCUGGAGCCUUGAGUUUCAGCUCGGAUUAUAAGAUAUAUUCGAGCUGUAAAGGGAGGAGUAAUGAGUAUGGGAUUGGAGUUUGGGAUCAGAUAACUGGGAAGCAGACUGACUUCUUCUACGAGCCGCUGGGGUGGUCUCUUGGUGAUGCAGACAAGCUGCAAUGGCUGAAUGGGAGUAACUGUUUGCUGGUGGCUACUUUGUUUCCUAGGAACGACAACUGUUACAUUAGUUUGUUGGAUUUUCGGGAGAAGAAGAUGGUGUGGUCUUGGUCCGAUAUGGGAGCUCCGAUAACGUCGGAUGAGAAGAGGGUUAGGGAUGCCAUAGCUAUGGAAGAGAGCAAUGCAAUCUGUGUUGUGAAUGAGUAUGAGGAUUUGGGGUUUAUUGAUAUCAGAAAUUCUGGGGGAAGUGUGAGGUGGAGCUCAAGGAGUAAGCUCAUGAAGGGGAAAAUGCCUGAUGAGCCUUGCUACCCUAAGCUUGCAUUACAUGAAGGGCAACUGUUUUCGUCCAUGAAUGAUUCGAUUUCAGUGUUCUGUGGACCUGAUUGGGUUUUGACAUCAAGGCUCCGAAGAAGCUAUGGAGGUUCCAUCUGCGAUUUCUCGAUUGGAGGGGAUCGGCUUUUCGCUCUUCAUAGCGAGGAGAAUGUGUUUGACAUAUGGGAGACUCCGCCUUCGCCAAUUAUAUGAUACUUCAUCAGCUUAUAGUUUCCUUGUUCUCGAGUGUUCUUUCAUUUCUGACAUACACAAUACAUAGUUUUGCCAGUAAUGUUUAAAGUUUAGACUAUAGGGAUGUUGAAGAAAUAGUAGGCUUGGUUAACUUGCAAAAUUCUGAUGGUGUAUAGGGUUUGCUGAAUGCAGAGUAUGAAAGUGUUAGCUUUAACUACUAAAGCUUUAGAAAUGAAAUUUGAAUGCUUAUCUACAACUAGGUUUAUCUUCCACUCUUUUGAUUUUACUUUUGGGAAGAACCUCUCUUUUCUUUUCUUUCCCUCUUUUGCAUGUGAUCAGUUGCAACCGCUAUGAUGGAUGUAUAUAUGAACAGCAGCGCUUUGCAUAA